GCCCCUUGCUCCCACGAGUGGGAAACAACGGGGAAGCGGCUUCCCCUUUGAGUCACGCGUUGGGCAAGGCCGGGCUUUCGGUGCCGGAGCGCUGCGGUGGCCCCGCGUGUGCGCAGGAGCUGAUGUAACCCUGUCCCCAUAUAAGCCCUGGCCGGUGCCCGGGGAUGGGGUCUCUGCACAGCUGUGUGUCCCAUGGCCGCGUCCUCUGCUCCAGCUCCCAGCUCCCAGCACCGUUCCCGAGGCUCUUUGGGACCAGUGUGCCUCUGCCUCCUGCUCCUGCUGAGCGCCUGCGUGCCCAUCACUGGCACCAGCCCCGGCACCAACCCUGGCACCAAAGCCCGGCUGACCCGGAGGGCGUUGGAAUUUGGCCGGCGCUUUGGGGUGGAGCUGCUCCAGUCACUGCUGCAGAAGGAGCAUGAGCUGGACCUGGAGGGCUCCUACCACAUCCCGCUCCUGGGGACGCUGACCUACACCGUGCCCCGGAUCCACAUCCAGGAGCUGCAUGUGAACGACUCCAGCUUGGACUUCGCUGAGGACGUGGGGCUGAGGCUGACGGUGCAGGGCGCCCGCAUCCGGCUCAGCGCCGAGUGGGGAGCCCGCCUGGGGGCCGUCCAGGACAGCGGCUCCCUGGAGCUCCACGUGCAGGACCUGGCCAUGGUGGCGGUGCUGGGGCUGGGGGCGGAUGCUGACGGCCGCCCCGCGCUGUGGAGCGCCGGCUGCGACGCCCGCGGUACCCACCUGCGCCUGCAGUUCCACCGGGGGCACAGCUGGCUCUACAACCUCCUGGCACCUCCGCUCCAGGGGACCCUGCAGCAGGAGCUGAACAAGCAGCUCUGCAUCAAGCUCCGCAAAGGUGUCUUCAAGCUGGAGGAUGCCCUGAAGCAAAUGCGAGUGUCCACCCAGGUGGACGCCUUCGUCGCCAUCGACCAUUCCCUGCUGGGGCCACCGGCCAUCACGGCAGAGCACGGGGACAUCGCCAUCAAGGGAGAGUUCUUCAGGGUGCACAAGUCCCAGCAGAGGCCCUCUUUGGUGCUGCCGGUGUCGCUGCCGGUGUCGCUGCUGGUGCCGCUGCCGGUGCCGCUGCCGGUGGCACACGAGCCCAUGCUGCUGGUGGCUGUCACCGACUCUGUUGCCAACUCGGCCGCCUUCGCCUACUUCACGGCUGGGGCCCUGCGCAGGAACAUCUCCAGUGCCAUGCUCCUCCGGCGGUUCCCGGUCCAGCUGAAGACCAAGAGCUUCGGGAUCUUCACCCCACAGCUGCAGGAGCGCUUCCCGGACCAGCCCAUGGAGCUGCAGGUCUGGGCCCGCCGGCAGCCGCUGUUCUCCUGCCACCCCGAUGCCGUGCACGGGGCCCUCUUCGGCUCUGCUGAGGCCUUCGUGCUGCUCCCCAAUGGCACCCGUGUCCCUGCUUUCCUGCUGGACAUCGAUGCCAAUGUGACGGGGAAGCCCAUCAUCACCGGGAACAGGCUCGGGGCCACCAUGAGCCUCAAGGGGCUCAGAGUGACGCAGGUGACAUCGCACGUGGGUCCGGUGGAGGUGCAGAGGCUGGAGACACUGCUCAGCUUGGGGCUGAGGCUUUUUGGGGUGCCCAGAGCCAACAAGUGGCUCCAGGCCCGUGUCCCCCUGCCCACCCCGUACGGCCUCCGCCUGCUCAACCCGCGACUCUCACUGCACGAGGGUUUCACGCUCAUCACCACGGACCUGCAGCACGAGCCGUGACACCGGAUGCCUCGUGGCCCCUUCACCCUCACCAUCCCACACCCGCUGCCCCGGUGGCCCCA